AUGAAAGCGGUCAUCACACAUCGAUUCUUGCCUAAGCGUCUCCUGAGUCUCGCUCUCCGGAGCCCUCUUGGGCAGGGCGCGCAAGUCAAGGAUGUCCCAAUCCCAAGCAUCACCGAUGAUGAAGUCUUGGUCAAGGUACGCGCUGUCGCGCUGAACCCCAUCGACUUCAAAGACAUUGAUUUCAUUUCCCCGCGCAACUCUGCCAUUGGCUGCGACUAUGCGGGCGAGGUGGCUCGGGUCGGCAAGAAUUCAGGACAGCGUUGGAAGGUUGGAGACAGAAUCGCUGGCUUUGUCCACGGUGGCUUGUAUCCCGAGGUUGGCUCCUUCGCAGAGUACCUGAAAGUCGAUGGAGACUUGGCCUGGAAGGUGCCGGACGAAAUGACCCUGAGCGAAGCCACCACCUACGGAGUUCCCGCCGCCACCGCGAUGCUGGGCCUUUCGUACCUUGAUAUUGCCCGGGUGGAUAUUGAGAACGGACGCAGCAAGCAACAAGGUGACCAACCGACCAUUCUCAUCUAUUCAGGAGGCUCGAACGUCGGUCUCUUCGCCAUUCAAUUAGCCAAGAGAGCAGGAUACACGGUUGUGGUCACGGCCUCGCCACGUUCCUUCGACCUCGCAAAGCGCUAUGGUGCCGAUGCAGUCUACGACUAUCGGACAUCUGCCUCCAUUGGCGAGAUCAAGAAAGCCUAUCCGAACAUCACCAAAGCUCUGGACUGCUUUUCCGAAGGCACUUCCGCCGCCUUCUGUGCUGAUGUGUUUCGAGAGGACAGUGGCAAAGUGAUCACGCUUCUUGAUCAAGGAAAGCCGCGGAAGGCAAAUGUGACUUAUGAUUUCCUCAUGGUUUACACUGCCUUCGGUCGCAAGUUCCAGUUGCUGGCGCCCCUUGGCCCCGUGUUCCCAGUGAGGCCGGCAGACCGCGAAGUCAUCGCCAAAUUUUAUGAUAAUCUAUCCAGCCUGAAUCUGCGGCCUCCACCCAUCACAACAAUUAAGGGCGGAUUCAACGAGAUAUUUGAAGGUUUAGAUACACUUCGCAAGAAAGAAGGUGGAGGUACAAAGCUUGUUGUCGAGUUUCAAUGA